AUGCUUUUACAUUCAGCAGCCGGCAUGCAUAACCAUGAGUACUCGCACUCUACACUUCCUGCUCGACCGCGCAGCGAUUUUAUGCCUAGGAGAUCACCUUUGAAUAGAUCAUCUUUUUUGAAUCCUGGCACAGAAGUAUCUACAACUUAUGAAACUCCAAUACCAGCUUUAACUCGACGCUCAAGAGCAUUGCCGGAAUAUAUACCUCACAAAUUAGAACAUCAACAGGUGCAUACCGUUCGAUUCCAAGAACCUGAAGCGGAUACAAUGAGUGAAGAUGGCAGAUCGGUUGCAAACUCCGAAGGAAGCCGGACAACGCAUGGGGGUAGACGGCGCAGGAGGUCCUCGAAAGCUAGCACAGCAUUUCGCCUAGCACACCCAGCUCCGACCUUAACACACAAGCAACGAUUAUUAAAUAUUCGCCCGAAAUUGCUGAUGCAAUUGCAGUUAAUGUCGUCUGAUAAAAGGCCCAGACCAACAUUGGAUGUUCUUCCUUCAACUGUCGUCGUUUCCAGAUUAGCCAAAAGAUUUCCUCGGAUGUUCACAGGAAAGGGUGAAUUAGGAGCAAAUGAUAUUAUGAUUGUGAAGAGCGAAGAAUAUGACAUACCGGAUCACUCCAUGCAUGAUACCGAUUCGGAUGAGGAGGGCUUCUCCAAUAGAGAUCUUAUUGCAGUUAUUUGCCAAAUGCCCAGAGAUGAAGGAGGCUCACAAGGAAAAGCCGAAAUUGUUUUAGGCGAUGGUUCUGUGUGGUUAGCAAGCCCGUUACCUACCGGAGCUUACGAAAUGACCAAACUUGACGAAUACGGGGGGAAAGUAACCACUGUACGAUGGGUGAAAAGAGCAGGCCAGCACAAUCUUUCCGAUUCGUCUAAUAACGAUGCCAAAUUCAGCUUCAGUAUAAUAGACCCAAAUUCUCGCCGACAUGCGGUUCUGGCAACUGUUACUCAAACAAAAUUGGACAUUCCAGAUUCUUAUGUACCUCUUUCGCCCGGGGUAGAACCCACAAAGCCGCCAGUGAGUGGUGAACCUGGCGAGUUUGACGAUGAGGAUGGCGAGACGGACACAAUCAUUGAACGAAUUCCUCAACUCUUGGACGAGACCAUGAGGACAUUAAUUCAAAUCACGGGAAUAUGGGUUUCCCUACGUCAAGGCUGGUCUCCCUAUUUUAAAUACAACGACGCUAUGGCUACAUUUGGCCAAAACAAAAGUCCAAGGAAUUCUACGAGUGGGAGGACCAGAGCAUCCUCACUAACACCAGAUCUAAUGCGGCCCACGCCUGUCCUUAAUGUUCAUACUUGCACUCGUUCAAGCACACCAGAAUCCACAUUUGGAUCUAUUGGUGACAAAAUUCUUCGAUGCAAUAUUACAAAAGCUAAUUCCGUCGCCACGUCUUCGCCACAUGAUUCGAUUGCAUCUCCAAGACGGGCCAGAGCUACCUCGACCGGUACCGCAUUUAUGCAAAGGGCAGCCAGUCGCAAGAUAAAUACGAUUGCGAGCGACAGCGAAGGAGAGAGCAUAGCCCAACAGCCUGAGAAUGGCGAAGGUCAGAAUGUUAAGAUCCACAGAAAUGCCGCCUCGAACCGUGUUUCUUGUCCUCCUGUGCUGGGCAUCGUUACAUCAUCUCCUUCUACACCUACCAAACCUCAUCGAAGGGUAAAGUCUGCUCACAUGUUUUCGAGCACAGGCAGCGGGAUAAUGGAUGGUCAAAGCGAGGAUAUACAGGGCAAACCUCCAAUAAAGCAAAAGAUUAGCCGAUGGAGGUCAUUCAUAAAUCUUAUUCGCUGUCGUUCUUCUUCUCGUUCUUCUUCUCCUUCUUCGCCAUAG